GUGUCACCCGGCUUGCCCGGGUCACGUGACUCUCCGUCUCACUCGCUCUGCUCGCCGUGGUCGAGAAGGACUGAGAUUCGAUGGCGGGCCGGGGCAAGCUGAUCGCUGUGAUCGGGGACCAGGACACCUGCACGGGCUUCCUGCUGGGCGGCGUGGGAGAGCUCAACAAGAACCGCAAGCCAAACUUCCUGGUGGUGGAGAAGGAGACGAGCGUCACGGAGAUCGAGGAGACGUUCAAGAGCUUCCUCAUUCGGGACGACAUCGCCAUCAUCCUCAUCAACCAGUUCAUCGCCGAGAUGAUCCGCCACGUGGUGGACGCUCACAACCGCUCCAUCCCAGCCGUGCUGGAGAUCCCCUCCAAGGAGCACCCCUACGACGCCACCAAGGACUCGGUGCUGCGCCGUGCACGCGGGAUGUACAGCGCGGACGACGCGCGGUAGUGAGCUCGCCCGCUCCACCGCACGCUCUGCUCGACCACCCGCUCGCCCGUUUUAACCGCUCGCCCACUUGCUCGUCUGCUCACGCACUCGCUCAUCUGCCUGCACACCCACUCGCCCACUUGCUCGUCCGCUCGCUCAUCCACUUGCACACCCACUCGCUCGCUCGCUCGCUCAACCCCUCGCUAAUCCAUUCGUCCGCUAACCAGUGCCACGGCGUCAACCCACACCCAGUAUCUGUCGCUAUAUUGCUGAAGUGUCACCCACUUACUGAGUCAUCAUCAUCUUCAGCCACGGUCAAUCCACUGCUGGAUGAAGGCUUCCCCCAAACUCGUCGCCAUCUCGCGCGACCCUGCGAUGUGUUAAUCCACCCAGCUGCACCCUCUCGGGCACGCUUCAGCGUCCCUCGGCUGCCGCCCGUGGCGACCGUCGGUCGUCGUCCCUCGUAGCCGCGACCCUGCCCAUGCCCACUCCUCUUAACAGUCACGGUGAUGUGUUUAGCCAGCGUGUUAUCUCUUGUCUUCUCAGUGUAACUACUUAACUUGUUAAUUUUUGUUUAAUGGCUUCGAAGUUGUGAUUUUUUUUUUGCUGUCCCAAAUCUAAAGUAAUCUGUGAGUAACGAUUGCACGUGCAAGUCAUUUGGAUCGGUGCGAUUCGGAGUUGCGGUUUGAUCGGAGAACUCGUUUAUUUCACAUCAUGGUCAAUGUAGCAACCUCAACGUCUCGCUGCCGUGGCUGCCACGGCUUCACCUCUGCCGCAGUAUAAACAAAACCGCCUGUGGUUUGCUUUCAGCUGUCUUGUGUGGGAGCUGUGCUGUGUGACUGCCGUGUUCGGAUGUCUGCACCCGGUUGCCGUGAGCCGCUCCACUCGAGUUAGAACUGGAGCUGCCGACUCGGCACCGCGUCGCCAUUUGUUAUAAUUUCUUAAACUCGACUUGGGCAGGAGUUAGGGGCCGCAGCCAGAAUAUUCCGGCCCGGUGUCACUCCGCCCUGACAACAACUCGGCAGUGAUCCUAUGUCGACAAACGUUGCGACUCAAAGUGGGUGGCUUGUCGGUUGGCCACAAACGUUAGCCUUUACACUUUUAAUUUCACGAUCACACGUUUAAGCGUAAACAUCCUGCGUUUUAAUACAUUAUAAAACAAUUAACACUCAGUAUUUAAUGUUGUCAGCAACGCGGUCCUGACCUUUGCUCUCAAGUAGCUAAAGGUCAAAGUGCAGCCCUGCGAUUGCUCAAGCUGGCAGGAGGCCUCCACUCGGGCAGCACUCGUGAUGCCUUCCACCCGCAAGGGCUUCUGGGAAAGCCCCGCCCAACGCGCGCGGUCACCCGAGUCACUUGGCAAGUCAGGGGAACGCCACUUUCACCCCGACUCUGUCCUCCGAUUGGACCGACUCGGCCCGGCCGCCCCGAGUCAACAACGUUCACUCGGUCUCAUUGGAGCCUGGAGCUCCCCCUGCCGGCAACGGCGAGGCUGGUGCCGGUGUCCGUGGGAAGCUCCCUCUCGUCCCCCGCUGCGCCCAAGGCGGUUCGUUCCACUGCUCGUACAGAACUGCGCAGCUGCAACGCGGAGUGAUCAGUUGCAGGGGCUGCACUUUGGCCUGCGUGCAGAUUAACGACACAGGUGGGGGGUCCGGCUACACGGGGAGCGAGGACCGACAGUGCACCCGUGCCCGCCGGUGCGCUCCGGCGUACAGCUACCCCCCGUGCGUUCCCCGAUUGCACCGCGUGCUGCGCGGUACGAUGUCCCGACGUUUCCAUCCACGUGCUGAUAGCUUCUUAAGAAACUGAACGUGAAUUUACGAACCCUUUUGCUGUGAUUAUGAUCGUCUUAACUCAAAACCCUGAAAUGCUGCCGUCUUGUGUAUAAAGUGUGUGUGUGAUACGUGCGUUACCCACCAUCAAAAACCAUUAAACGUCGGUGACGGAGUGCG